CUGAAGAACCGCACAGGAACCAUGCAAAACUUCUUCUAGAGACCCAAGCCAACAUUUCUUCUGCAUUCUGCCACUGGGAUGUCUUACAAAAUGGCAGCUGUUGGCCUUUUCUUCAUUCUCCUCCCGGUGACGUGGGCCUGUGCCCCUCAGAAAGCUGAUUACGUGAUGGUGUCAUGCUUUCCCAAUGCUAUCAUCGCAAACGUGCCAGAAUGUCCAUAUGGAUGGGAGAUUGGCCAGCUGUCAUUGGGUGGCGUGUGCUACGCGGGUAUUAAUACCCCGGGUUUUUACCGUUUUACCAUCCCAGACCUCACUCCUAAAAAUCAUUCAUACUGCGGCACUUUGUCUGAGUAUGUAGGAGGAAAAGAUCCACGGUAUAUUUUCUACAACUCGAUUGUCUCCAACGACUCGUCUCUCACUGUGCGGAACCAACCGGUCAACUACACGUUCAGUUGCACUUAUAAAGCGGCUUAUCUGGUCAACAACGCCGUGUUUAGUCAAAGAGUGGCAACAGUUUAUGUCAACAACGGGAGUUUAGGUUCUUUUAAGUCUCAGUUGUCUAUGAACGUGUUCACGAACUCAAAGUUCCUCUACGCAAAAGACGCACCGUAUGUGAUUGACACAUCAGAGAUUGGAUCUGAGGUUUUCAUUGGCAUUGAAGCAAAAGGACUGAGCAACAGAUUCAAAGUUGUAAUCACAAACUGCUGGGCAACACCGACUCCAUAUUCAACAGACAGAAAAAGGUGGACUUUAAUUCAGAACAGCUGUUCCUUAGACAACACAGUCACCAUAUUUGAAAACGCCAAAGACAGUCGGUCCAUGUUCAAGUUCAACUCGUUCCGCUUUCAACGGCUAGAAAUGUCCACCGUGUGGCUCCACUGUGAAGUCCAAGUAUGCGACGGGGAGAAGCUGUUCUGUCAGCCGACUCCCUGCACGUCAAGAAGCACUGAGUUUGAACCUGAUCCGAAUGGAGGCAUACUAACAAUGGAGUUUCAAGUCAGAGCACAACACUCCUCCAGUUACAUCCAUCCUGCAGGCCCAUUUCUGUGUCUGCUCUCCAUACUUCUACUGAAUGAAUUAUUAGGAUACUUUGCUUUUUAAUAAAGCCAUAUGGGUGUCACUCAAAUGCAAUGAAACAAGCCUUUGCACUCUUUCAAUUACAUGCAAAAUACUAAAUAUAGACACGCAUGCAUGCAUACAUCCACACACCAUACGUGUCUCAGGGAGUGUAUCCACACAUUCCUUUACAUAUUCACUUUUUGUAACAGUUUUUACUUGUUAAGUGAAUAUUGGUAGAAGCAGAAAAUAGUAUCAGAAUCAGAUGUUUU